GCUGCAGCAAAACGGUCGCACGAAAAGAGCUCCCACUUGAGAUUCACAUUCAGAUUCGGUUUCGGUUUGGUUUGGGUUUCGGAUUGGAUCGGAUCGGGCUCCAAGUUGCCAGUUCCCAGGAGCGGAAAUCGGAACAGAGUAGCAAAUUAAAUAAUAAAGAGGCAGAAGGCGAUCAAAGAAGGCGCUCCGACUGCGUAGGUGUACGAGUUCGCAGAUCGCAGCAGGCGAAGUGGAGCCAGUGCAUCCGAAAGUGUUUCCCCGAAAGUGUUUCCAUUAUCAUUGAAAUCAGCGAGGAUCGGAUCGGUUCGAAUGGUCAGCAUGCAAGUGGCGCUGCUGGCGCUGUUCGUUCUCGGCCAGCUAUCCUCCAGCGCCGUGGCCAAUGGAUCCGCCUUCUCCACAUCCUCGUCCAAUCAACUACAGCGACAGAAGUUGGCACACUGGUUCCGGGAUAGCAACGACGUCAAGGAUAAGAUAUUGGAGCUGCAGUGCUUGGCCAAGUGUGGCGCCAUUCCCUCGACGAAGGCUCAGCGGGAGCAGUGCCUGGACAAGUGCAUCCAGGAGCUGCUGUUGGGACCCAGAGCCGGCAGUUGUCCCAAAAUCGGCAGGCAGACAAGGGCCGGGCUAUCCUGCCUGGACAACUGCCAGUAUGAUCACGAAUGCCCCGAGGUGCAGAAGUGUUGUGCCUCCAGCUGCGGUCCAAUGUGCGUGGAAGCUCUGGGCGUGAGGAACAACACGCAGCUGCCUCCAAUACCCAAGAUCCUGUACUUCAGGAGGUCACGAGGUCAUGGCGUCGAUCUGAAGAUCGAGUCCUCGCUUCUGGUCUAUUACUUCCACGUGGAGGUCCGUUCGCACAUAGGACGGCUUUUUGCCCCCAGAAAGUUCGGGCCCUGGGAGUGGCAGAAGGUGGAGAAGACCAUGGAGGAGAACAUCGGGCACAGCAAGCACACGUAUAUCUUCUUUCAUAUGCGACCAGGCCGAUGGUACGAGGUUCGGGUGGCUGCCGUAAACGCCUAUGGGUUCCGGGGGUAUUCUGAGCCCAGCGACCCAUUUCCCUCAACGGGCAACCCCAAGCCACCGAAGCCGCCCAACGACGCAAAGAUCAUUGCCAAGCAGUUCGAUGGACGCUACAUGAACGUAAAACUAGUGUGGUGUCCCUCGAAAUCCAAUUUGCCCGUCGAGAAAUACAAGGUCACUUGGUCCUUGUACGUAAACAGUAAACAGGCCUCGAUGAUCACGUUGGAUACGUAUGUGAAGGAUACCCAUCAGCUUGAGAUCAAGAAACUGCUGCCGAACUCAUCGUACUACAUCCAGGUGCAAGCCAUUUCCUACAUAGGAUCGCGUCGCCUCAAGUCCGAAAAAAAGUCGAUGCUGUUCAACACGACGCUGCAGCCCCUGGAGCCAAUCACCCCGCUGCAGUGCACCGGGACGGGCAACAGGCGCAGGCACCAUCAUAUUAGCAGCUCCACCAGCUCGGAAAGGGCAACGACCCCGGCGCCAGUUGGCCUCAAUGAAGUUUCGCCCAACAUUGCGAAUCGAACAGCGGCAGCCACUUAUGAAGUGGGUUUCCGAUUGAACCGGAAGUUUGGCAUGAUUGUGCAAAUUCUGGGCUUCCAGCCACACAAGGAGAAAGUCUAUGAACUGUGUCCCCAGGAGACGAACUGCGAGCAGCGAGAGUUCCGCGCAAUUCGCGCCAAAAGGGACCCAUUGGAGUUCACCAAACUUAAAUACAACACCACCUACGUGCUUAGGGUUCCACGAUCUAGUCCCAAUUCCGUGCUGGACGACUCCAGAAACGUCUUCACCUUCACCACGCCCAAGUGCGAGAACUUCCGCAAGAGAUUUCCCAAGCUGCAGAUCAAGUGCAGCGAUUAGCCUUCAGCCGGUGGGCUCAGCCCACUACUGACCAUGAGAUUACACUAGAUUGUAAAUAAUUGUAUGUAAAACUUAACUUUUACUUAUUGUUAGACUUAAGGACACACACAGAGAAACUGAACAAAAUCGUUUUCUACUUGAA